AUGAAGUCAACGGAGGAGAAUUCGGGCGAGAAGAUCGCUCGCGAGUUCCUCGUGCAGGAAACGGUGUUGAGAAUAAUCGGGAUUUGGCCGAGCAGCGUUAACAAUUUCGCGUCCAUCGGUCGAUGGACGUUCGCCAUCUUGACGCAUAUCAGUACUAUCUACAGCCUGUCUCUCGAAGUCUAUCGUCAUUGUCUGGACCUCGACGACACGAUGGACGCGUUCGUCAUGGAUCUGUCGUCGGUGAUCAGUCUGUCCAAGCUGCUCGUUUUACGGAUGAAAUCGAAACACACUUACGCUCUCGUCGAUUCGAUCGUCAAAGACUGGACGAACGUCGAUCAUUCCCGCCACGAACGCAUCAUGACGGAGUACUUCAACAAAGGAAGAAUCGUUUCGUUGACGAUACUCUACCUUGGAUACGCCUCUGGACUGUCUUUCGUUCUCAAAGCCCUGCCUUUGCACCUUCUACCCUUCCAGAAGCUCCACAGUUGGGCGAAUUCAACGGUGAACACGAACGAUACAGCGAGAUUGAAUUAUUUCUUGGCCACGCACUGCGUGUUCGGCCCUUUACCGUUGCAGCAUCACGUCUGCGUGUUACUGCUGCAAGGGAUGCACAUUUUCUUCAACGCCGUGGCUCACUGCGGCAACGACGGCCUCUUCUUCAGCCUGACGAUGCAUCUGUGCGGUCAGUUUGAAAUUCUGAAGAUGAAUCUGGCGGAGAUCGAGUUCGAGGCGAUCGCUUGUCGGAAGCGAAUCGGCGUUCUCGUGAAACGACACUGCAAACUGGCGGUGUUGACCAACGAUCUCGAGCAGAGCUUCAGUAUGAUUAUUCUGGUGCAACUCAUGAUGAGUGCGUUGCUAAUUUGCGUAGAAGGUUUCGUCUUCCUGGUCGCUCUGAGCACGAAGGACAACGUUGCAGCAUUGAGGAGCUUCGUUCUGAUGGUGACUUUGCUGAUUCAGCUGUACCUUUACGCCUACGCGGGCAACACACUCGAGUCGCGAACCGAAGAAAUUGCACAAGCCGCCUAUGACUCUCUUUGGUACCGUUGCCACGGGCACGCAGCCAGAGAUCUCCUUUUGAUCAUCCAUCGAGGAAAUUCGCCUUAUCGUAUAACAGCCGGAAAAUUCGUCCCGAUGAAUCUUUUCACUUUCAAGGAGAUACUGAAAGCUUCUGGCUCGUAUCUGUCUGUAAUGAAGGUAAUGAUGGACGCAUGA